UGUAUUUCCCGUCAGCUUUGGUCUGAUGUCGUUAUACUCUUUGUAGCGGGUCAGUUGUAAGGAUGCGCUCAUUAACUUUGUUACUGUGCAUCCUUUCUUUGUGUUACAAAUUAAAUGCUCAGUUUGACUCUCGUAUGUUUGAGGACAGGUUUCCCCGGCGCAGGUUUCGUCCUUGGAGUCCAUAUGAUCGCUAUCCGUUUUUUCCUAUAGAUGAUUUAAGGGAGCCGGACUUCGACCAGACACCAAAGUUUGCGCUGGUGACUCCUGCAGAGUUGCGAGUGGAAAAUAAAGAAAACGUCCUGCUGGAGGCAUUUGGACUUUCUGAGCCUGUCAGUGUUACUCUCUCAGUAUAUGAUUUCCCAUUGAAAACAAAGCAACUGUGGAAGGGAACCAUUACCCUCAACUCUGAUAAUAACUACAGCAUCCUCCAAACCAUCAAGAUUAAUCCGAGUUUCUUGCGGCCAGAAGAGAAAGAGACCAAGCAUGUUGAGAUAGUCGCCCAAUUCGGAGACUACCAGCAGGUUAAGCACAUCAGUAAAGUCUCCUUUCAGUCUGGUUACAUCUUCAUUCAGACUGACAAACCCAUCUACAACCCAGGAGACACAGUGCAUUGCCGAGCUUUUGUUUCUAAUGCCGAUUUUCAGUCUUUCAGUGGCACCAUUUCCGUUGAAAUCCAGAAUUCGGAUGGAAUUACAGUGCACAGCAUACUGAGGGUCAGAGCAACAGACGGGGUUUAUUCCAGCACUUAUGGACUUUCAGACAUCGUGAAAGAGGGCAAGUGGAAGGUUGUUGCCAAAUUUGACCACCGGAAAGAGAACACAUUUAGUGCUGAUUUUGAGGUGAAAAAGUAUGUGCUACCAGCAUUCAAUGUGACACUAGUACCGAAAAAGGCCCACUUCAGUUUGGAAGAUCAGGAAUUGAACGUGGAAGUAUAUGCCAGAUAUUUGUAUGACGAAGAUGUAAAAGGUGUCGCGUAUGUGGUGUUUGGAGUAGAAAGAAAUGGAGAGAAAGUGCGACUGCCGGCCAUGAAGCAAGUGAACAAUCUGGAUGGUGGGAUCGCCACUCUGACCAUGGCUGAGCUUAAGAGUGCCUACCCGGAUAUCAACAGCAUUGUGGGCUCCUCCAUAUAUGUCAAAGCUUCCGUCUUGACCAGCUCAGGAAGCGACCUAGUGGAUGCAGAGAAGACGGGCAUCAAAAUAGUCUUAGCACCAUACGUGCUCGCCAUCAAGGACACACCACGUUUUUUUAAAUCAGGGCUACCAUUUGAAAUGACGGUUACAGUUAGCCACCAUGAUGGCUCCCCAGCUCCAAAUGUUCCUGUGAAAAUCACCUUACUGCCCAGGCCGAUCACAGUCCACAGCGGCACCAUCAAAGUAUCUCUUAACAUGCCUUCUGAGCCGCAACCUAUGAUGCUAACAGCAGAGACGGUAAUCCCGAAUUUGAAGCAGGAACUACAGACGAAGGCUGAAUGGUACGUGGAAUCGCACUCGCCUUUCAAUGCUGAGCGGCUGAAUCAGCUUUACAUCACGUACGAUGCAAAUACGCUGAAGGCGGGAGAAACUUUAAACUUUAAAGUGCACUUGAGGACCUUCUCACAGAAAGAAAAAAGCAACCUAAAGCACAUUUCCUACACUGUGCUGAAUAAGGGAAGGAUAAUUCGUGCUGGCAGAGUGAACGCUGAAGGGCAUGAAGUGAUAAACAUUCCCCUGCUGCUGACAUCAGACAUGCUGCCUUUAUUCCGCUUUGUGGCGUACUACGUGUUGCCGUGGCAAUUUAAAGGGGAGGUGGUGGCCGAUUCCGUUUCAGUGGACGUGGAGAGUCAUUGUGUGGAACCACUCAGUGUGGAACCGGCGAGAGGUCAGAUGAAGGACUCGUAUUCGCCAGGCGAAAGCUUUAGCUUCCAAGUCAGGGGUGAACCUGGAGCAAAGGUCAGCAUGGUCGCUGUGGACAACUCUGUUUUCCUGCUGAGAAACAGACGUCUGACGCAGAGGAAUAUUUGGGACACACUCAGACAGGGGGAUUUGGGCUGCUCUCCAGGCGGAGGAAAGGACAGCAUGGGUGUCUUCAUGGACGCAGGCUUGAAUUUUCAGUCCAGCUUUCGUGUAGCCUCUGACAGUAAUCAAGCCCAACCAUGCUCCUGGAAGUCCAGGAGGAAGCGUUCUGCUGAACAACUGCGUCUCAGAGCCCAGCUUGAGAAAUCCCAUUCCGACCGGUUUCUGCAGCGCUGCUGCUCCGAUGGCAUGAGGGCCAUUCCCAUGCCGUACUCGUGCCGCCGCCGUGCUCUUUACAUCACGGAGAACUGGAGCUGCGUGAUGGCUUUCCUCGAGUGCUGCUCGAAGUACAGGGGUGAAGAGCUGGGCGUCGUCACCCCACCACCACCCACCACCACUCCAGAGUCACUACCCAACAUUCGAAUUAUGGCCCGUGGUGAAACGCUUAAGCGAGAACGUUUUAUGAUGGGUUCCAUGCCUCGUCCUCCGGUUUAUGCCGAGCCUGCCUCCGCUAGUUUACCAAAACUCACGGUAUCAAGGGUGGAAAUAGAGAAGGAGUCCGAUGAGGAGUACGAUGAUGAGGACUAUGAGCUGGAUGACAUUUAUGUUCGUACCAAGUUUUUUGAAUCCUGGCUGUGGACUGACGUCAAACUACCUGAAGAACCUGGGUCAGAUGGUUUGGCUGUUUUGCCCAUGAAUUACGUUCUCCCUGACAGCAUCACUCAGUGGGGGAUUCUGGGUGUUAGUACAUCAUCCAAGACAGGUUUCUGUGUAGCCGAGCCAUUCAACAUCAGAGCAUGGAAGCGUUUCUUUAUCGACCUUCGUCUUCCUCGGACCGCAGCCAGAAAUGAGCAUGUGGAAGUCAAGGCUGUGCUAUACAACUACGUGAAUGAGGACAUGAAGGUGCUGGUGGUCUUGGCUAAGACGGAGGACAUGUGCAGUGUGGCGUUUACUGAGGAUCAUAAGCAGGAGGUGUUUGUGAAAGCUCGCUCCUCGGUGCUCAUCCCCUACACCGUAAUCCCACUCCGUGCAGGAGAGCUCCCCCUGCAGGUUACAGCUGUGUCACGUAGCUUCAUUGGAGAGGACGCGAUCCGUAAAAACCUCCACGUGGUGGUGGAGGGCAUUCAGAGGAUGUAUGUGAGGAGUUUUGUGCUAAAUCCUGCUGAGAAAGGAGACAACAAUGGAAAUCAGCUGAUUAAGGUAGACAAAGCUGAACUGAGUUCGGUGGUUCCCAACUCGCUUCCAGAAACAUUCGUCAACGUCAGAGGUAAUUUGCUGGCUGACAGCAUCGAUAACUCCAUCAAUAAGGACUCGCUUGCGGCGCUGAUCCGGAUGCCCGGAGGCUGUGUGGAGCAGAACCUGGCUAGCAUCACGCUGCCGCUCAUUGCUACUCACUACCUGGAUCGCAGCUCACAGUGGGAGAGUGUGGGUUUUCAGCGCCGAGAAGAAGCCCUGCAAUACAUUAAGAAAGGUUAUGAGAACCAGCUUCAUUAUCGCAAAACAGAUGAUUCAUAUCCACCAUAUCGCAAUGAAGGAAGCAGCACCUGGAUCACAGCGUUCGUGGUGAAGGUGUUCUCCAUGGCUUUUCCGUUUAUCACAGUAAAUAAAGAGCACAUAUGUGGUCCUUUGCUCUACCUACUCAAGCAUAAGCACCUCUCAACUGGAGCAUUCAAGGAGGACAACCCGGUCUAUGCCACCACCAUGACGGGAGGUCUUCAGGGUGCUGAGUCCAGGGAAACUCUGACUGCAUUUGUACUGAUUGCAUUGGCUGAAGCUCAGAGUGCCGUUACAUGCAGUGAUCCAAACAUAAACGCAGACGUGAAGUUCAAAGAAGCUGGAGAGUACCUGAAGGCGCGAUACCAAUUUCUCCAUAGACCGUAUUCUGUCGCAAUUGUAUGUUACGCCUUGGCUGUGAGCAACCAGGGCUGCUCAAAGAGUGUGUUGCUGAAAUUGGCAUCACCGGACCGCACACAUUGGCUAGAUGAAGGCAAUUCCUUCUUCACAUUGGAGGCAACAGGUUACGCACUGCUAGCCCUGAUUAAAGGCGGCCAUUUUGAGGAAGCGGCUGCUCCGUUCAAGUGGCUGAAUCAGCAGCGACGGGUUGGAGGAGGAUACGGAUCCACACAAUCCACCAUGGUGGUACUGCAGGCUCUGUCAGAGUACCUGGUGAAGAAACCCUCUCCGUCUGACAUGAACCUGCAGGUGGACCUGAGUGUUCCUGGUCGCUCGGAAAUACGCUGGGCCUUCACCCAACAACUGGCCCAUGUGGCACGCUCCUCUCGGGUCCCUCUAGAUCAGGACUUUUCAGUUCUCGCCACUGGAAAUGGACAAGGAAUCCUAGAGGUGGUAACAGUUUACAAUGAAUUGCCCAAUGAACAUGAGAAGAGCUCCUGUGAUGGCUUUGAUUUGAGCGUUACCAUUACUGAAAGCAACGAGAAGCCUCCAGCAGAUGUGGAAAAGGUGUACAAACUCAACAUCAAUGUGAGAGCUCUGGCUCAUAAAGUGCGCAUGGCAGUUCUCGACAUCAGUCUGCCUACCGGCUUUGAUCCGGAAACUGCAGACCUCGAGCUGCUGACCAACGCUGUGGAUCGCUAUAUCAACAACUUCCAAGUUGUAGAUAAUCUGAGCGACCGAGGAUCUCUCAUCAUUCAUCUGUUCAAGGUAUCCGACAAAGAGGCAGACACCAUCACGUUCAGGCUGAAUCAAAGGUUUAAAGUGGGUCUCCUGCAACCGUCUACAGUUACUGUAUACCAGUAUUACAACACAGAUAAACGUUGCAGCAGGUUUUACACUCCUCCGGAGGACAGCGAGCAGCUCAAUCAGAUCUGCAAAGGCAACGUGUGCCGCUGCACACAGGGUGACUGCUGCGUGAUGAAGACAGCUGCUGAGACAAACACAGAGAGGAGGAACGCUGUGUGCAGUGGAAUCCACCAUGCCUACAAGGUCAGAGUGUUGAGCGUCAGUACAAGCCAAUAUGACAGAUAUGAGCUGGAGAUCCUUAAGGUCAUAAAAGAAGGUUCUGAGGUCGGUCUAAAAGAAAAGGACACGCGAGUGUUUCUCUCUCAUGCUAGCUGUAGGACGGGGCUUAAUCUUCUCACCGGGCAGGACUACCUCAUCAUUGGCCCAUCCUCUGACAUCUGGCAAGCCGGCAGUGACAAGAACGGAUACACGUACGCUCUGGGGAAGAAGACGUGGGUGGAGCACUGGCCUUCAUCAGCUGAAUGCACCGCUGUGGCACAAGACAAAUGCACAGAGCUGGAGAAAUUUACAGCAGACUUGCAGAACACUGGCUGCCAGACCUGAGAAACACCACACACACACACACACACACACACACAAGGUGGUCUGUGCUCACUACCUUAACACACACACACAGAUGUUGUAUAUCAUAAAGCACUAGUAUAAGUUUAAGUGUUUAUUUUACAUACAAAACCUGUAUCAUAGUGAAACAUUUCCAAUACGAAAGCCACACAGCUCUAAAUAAAUCUUUACGUUAACAGCGA